AUGUCCGAACCCCCAAUCUGGUUGCUCUGGCGGCCUGGGCCUCGCACUGGCCAGAGCCGUCCUCGCGCAUGGACACCGACUCAUCGCGUCGUCGCGGAACCCGUCCAAGAAAUCACAUCGCAGGGCGGCCACUGGAUUGCGCUUGGCACCACUGCGGACAAUCUUGAAGAGAUUGUCACCCACGCCGAGGCGAUCUAUGGCUAUUUUGACAUCGUUGUUAACAAUGCUGGUACGACGAGGCUCCUCACUUGUCUUAUACAGCCCGAUCUAACGCCAGCUGCGACAUAG